GUUACUCAGCAUACAAUCCUGUUGAGAGAAGUAUGACAACCCUUUUAGGAAAACUUGUAGGCAUGGUUCUGCCUGUUGACCACUAUAGUAUCCACCUUGACUCACAGGAUAAUAAACAGGACAAUAUAUUUGAAAAGCCAGUUGUGACUGAAUAUGUCAAUAUGAAAAAUGUAAAAAAAUAUAAUAAUAUCAAAUGUUGCUCUCUUAAAAGAUGCGAAGAGGCUGCAAGCCUUUUUGCUUCAAAUGAUGGUUUUCUCCUUUCUCAAGCAAUAAGAAAAGAUAGACAUUAUAUUAAUUUAAUACAUCUAUUAGAGUAUUUUAGCAAGAAAAAAAUACCAGAAUAUAACCAACUUUGUUCUUUCAUAACUGAUAAUUAUAUAAAUUAUCUCUGCUCUGUUUGUAAAAAAUAUUUUCUAACAGUUUUGAUGGUUACUGUCUACAAAAAAAGCCAACUUUCAAAGAAAGUUAGUCUGACUAAACAUAAACCUGAAAGGUCAAAAAAAACUAAAACAACAGCAAAGAAAGUCUGUCCAACUAAAUACAGACCUGGAAGACUAAAAAAACUGAUAUGA